UUUAAUACGAAGUUUAUUCAGAAACAACGCACAAUAUAUACAUUGGAUUAGAAAAUUUGAAUUUCAUUUUAAAAGUAAAGUUUCAAACGCGAAACAAAUUUACGAAUGCGUAGUAUCGUAUAUGGUCAUACUUUAAUCAAGGGUAAAGAGAACUGUGCACAAAAUUGCCAUAGAACUAACGGAAUCGUUUAGUCCGCUCGUCGACAUGUCACGAAAAUCGAGCGUUAACGUAAUUAAGUAAUUAAACCUCGCGGGUGAAAUCGGACCGUACCUUUCCCAUUCAAUGUGUCGCGUUCGCUGAAAACCCGCACGAAAACUGCGCGCGUUUCAGCCCCGCGGCGUGGCAGCCUCUGUCACUGUGCACGCUCCGCUACUCUGUGGUCGUUCGUAAACAUUUGUCGGGUACAAUGUGUCCAACUGACAAAAGGAGCUUGUGCAGUACAGCGCGCGCGUUUAAAAGCAUUAAUUACGACCGCUUUUGUCUCUCUGCAAAAGGCACGCUUUGAACGUCAUUUUGAUACGUGACAUUUGAUUUCACGAACGUUUUGUCAUGUUUAAAAUCGGCCCGAUAAACGCUCAACGUGUGCACACGCGUCGGACAACACAGACAACUUUCAACCUAUCAACGGUUCAGAAAACAUAAUAUUCUUUAUUUUCUUUUUCACGCGACUUUUUAUAUUGUUUUUAAUGCUUAUGUCAAACAUUCCGUGUGUGAAAAAUGUGUAAGUAAACGUAAAUAUUGUGUAAUAAUUCUCUUAUAUCGUUUAUUCUUUUUAUGCAAUUGUAAUUAUCGUUUGAUAUUAGUGAAAGAAGUGGAACGAAUUAAUGGGAUAUGUGUAAAUAUAUUUAUUACUUAUAUUAAUCAUAAAUUUACUUAUUUUUUACGUUUUUUUACUUUAUUGAUUUAAUGAUUUAAAUCGAUUAAUUAAUUUAAAUUUAUUAAUUUAAUUUUUCUAGAUAAGCAAAACAAAUUUUUAGUAUAUAUUUUACGAAGGUUAGAAAUAUAUUCAAUUAAACAAGUGAAGUUAUUUUGCUUAAUAAUUUUGGUUAUGAGUUUAACUGAAGCUUAAAUUUAUAUUUAUUAAUUUCACAUUUAGCAAAUAUUAUUUUAAUUUUUAUUCUUCAAAACACAUCUUUUAUAAAAUGAUUGUUUAAAUACAUUAUCAUAUGCUUUUUAUAUGCAUAAAUUAAUUGAAAUAAUAAUUAAUAAUUUAAAUAAUUCUUAUUUAAUCUCAUUAAUUAAAUUCUCAUUAAAUCUUUACUUAUUUUCAUAGAUUAAUGCAUCCUUAAUAAUAAUAUACACAAAAACAUAUUGAAAAAAAUUAUUGUUUUUUCUCGAUAAGAUUGUGUAACAAUUGACUUCUGUAGAUAAAGUAGAAAGCCGAUUAUCCGGGCAAGUAGUGAACUGGUUUGAUAAAUUUGUAACAAUAUAUUCAAUUUAUUUUUUUUAAUAAAGAUAUUAAUUAUUAAAAUAUAUACCAUAAAUGCAAAAAACUUAGAUUUAAAAAUCUAUAAAAUUAAAUAUUAAGUGAUCAAAAAAUAUUAUAAAUUAAACUACAGAAUUAUAAAUAUUAAUUUGUUAUUUUAAUAUAUAAUUUUUUUAUUUUUAAUGCAAUCAAUUUUUAAUUUUUAUAUACAGUGAAAUUCUUCUCAUGAUUAAUAUAAUAAUAAUAUAAUAAUAUGUGAUAUAAAAUUAUAUGUAUUUAUAAUUUUUACAACAUUCUUUUAAAAAUUGGGAUUUCAAGUAUAAUAUUGAUAUAUUGAAUUGAAUGAAAUUAAUUGUGUUAGUAAAUAUUAUUCAAAAUCCUUAUCUAUUAUAUUUUACAAAUUAUCUAUUGAAAAUUCUGUACAAGAAAAUCUUGAAAUCAGAAUAAAAGGAAAGCGUGAAUUUAAUGAAUAGAUUCUAAAAUAAAUUACUAUACAAAUAUAAAAGAAAAAAUAAUGCGAAGAAUGAUGGAGGGUAAAAAGUCAUUUUUCAAAUGCACGUCACUUGACAAUCUUAAGGUAAUGAUGCAUUUGUUUGGGUCAGUUGUCUCGCAUUCAGCUACCAUCGGUUAAUCCCUAGGAUCUGUUAAGUACACAAAUGGCCCCAGACAGUCUGCUACCGAAAAUGUAAACCAUUCACUUUUGUAAGCGAACUAAUUUAUGUAAACAAACAUUAAAAUUUACACGAUCGUCAUUAUCGCAUCGUAAAAUAACAGAAACGUAAUUGAAUCUAUUGUAAAUAUUUAAAUAGAUAAGCGACUAUUACUAAAAUGAAAUGAAUUUUUAUUAUGAAAUAUUUUUUACAUUGAAAAGCAUCUACAUUAUAAAAAUAAAAAAAUUCGUUAAAAGAAUUAAAAAAAAAAGUGUUUCGUAUACAAUAUAUAUGCAAUGAUUUUGUUGAUAUAUGUUUAGUUUAGUCAAAUUGCAUGGAAAAAAAAAUGUAUACAAAAAAGAAAAGUGGUCAUUUUGUGGUCUGUUAGUUCAUGCGUUGCCAUUUAUCAAAAGAUUCAUUCGAAAAAGCUAAAACGUAACCUCUGAAAUUCAACAAGUGCCCCUCAAACUUGAGCGAGAGAGAAUAAACGAGUAAGCGAGUAACAACAUCCAACCUCUAUUACGUGCGUGACGCGACUGAUCUCCCGUGCGGGGAGUGGGGAGAUGACGGUCCUGUAUGAUGUAGUGGGGGUAGAUGAUCGGUCGAAUUCGGUGCAAUUCGUACAUCGUCGGUUGCGCUCGGCUUCUGGUUUCUCCCGCGGCCGCAUAAGCGGUGUCAGCGUGUGCGCAGACCGGCUGCGCAGCAGGCGUGUGCGUUGUCCAGAUUCUUUGUGCCAUUCCUGGCAUACCAAAAACAAGAGUGGUGACUGCGCUCGUAUUUACCGGGGUGCAGCCUUGCGCGCUAAUAUUACUGUGCGAAUUUUACCCGUGGUGUAAAGGCCCCGCGCGCGCGCGACGCCACGUCAGCUCGCCCAGUGGUAAGUACAUUAAAGAAAAUAGUGUCGAAACAUCCUCGAAAGAGCGCGUCUAUUCGUCCACGCCCGUGUGUCCCAGCGGCGUCGUCUCACACAGGGGCCGCGCACGGAACGGAUUCGACAGCAGCGACGACGGCGAUAUACACACCGUCAGACACGGACAGAUGGACAGACAGACGAAAGGGAGUGAGAAACAGAGGGAGCAAUAGACGCUUGUGUGAAAGAAAGAGACGAACAGACAAACUGACCGUGCGAUAAAGACAAAUAUUACGGAGGAAAAGGGAACAUAGACGCGACAUAGUGCGUGAACGUGUAUAUACGUGUCCGUUUGAUUGUGUUCUGUAUCGGUCAAAAAUAUUACCGAUCUUUCGCAUAUUCCUCGUGUGUCGUGAUUGUCAGGUUCGUAUUUCCGGUGACCGUGAUGUUCGGCUCCGUGUUGCUGCUAAUGAUACUCUGUUCCUACUAUUGCUAUUGAGAGUAAGAAGGAAAGAGCGAGUAAAUGUGUAUGUGAGAGCGAGUAAGAGUAUGAGAGAAAGGAUAGAAGGAAAAGAGAGGGAGAGAGAAGGAGAGAGAGAAUGACAGAGAGUGUGAUGAAACGAUAGUCGGAUCAGUUUGAUAAACGAAGAGCUCGAGUUGUGCCGGUCUAUCGCAUCUAUCCGUGCGGUCUGGUGGUGCAUUGGUGCAUCCGUCUUUGUUCGAUUGUCGCGUGUUUACGAGCGUUGUGUCAGCUGUGUGUCAAGCGAACGGUUCAGUGUAUGUGUGUUACCGAAGCGUGUGCAGUCUCUCUGGCAACGUGUACGGACUCGCUCGCACGGAGACUCGUCGAGGAGGUUAGGACGAAGCGCGAUCGGUCGGCGGUGUGCCGGUGGUGGUGGGCUGCGUGCGUUUCCCCGAGGAGAGCGCGCCACGACAGAAACGUGUGCCUCUGCCUAGUGCCUGCGUGCCAGCCCGCUCGCUCACCCGCUUCUGGUGAAUUCGUAUGGUGAAUUAUUGAUCCGCGGCGGCGUGUGCGUGCGGAAAAACCGCGCGAGUAAAAGAGAGCGAUUCACGGUGGAUAGGAAAACCGAACGGAUAAACGGAGAAAACAUUGAAAGAAGACAGUAACUACAAACCGGCUCCCGUUUAUACCGGUGUCUUUUGUUUUGAAAACUGUGCGCGCGCGAACACGCACUUCGUAUUAUACAUAUAUUACGGCUUUUAACAAGCUCUGGAGGUGGAACAGUGGUGGCAGCGACGGAUUUUCUUCCCCUAGGUGGGACCAAGCGAGAAGUGUUCGCACAUAUUCCAUUACUUUCAACAUAACACGCGUCUACGUGUCUCUCCUUUUCUGUCAUUCUCUCUCAUUCUUUUCCUUUCUCCCUCUUUCCUCUUUCUUUCUCUUUCUAUCUAUUUCCCCGCUCUUUCUUCACCGCUCUCGCGUGUUAUAUGUGUGUGCGUUUCUCUCCGUCUCGCUCUGUCUGCGUUACCUUCGCCGCGUGUGCGUCAACGAAACUAAACGCGGGAAAAGCUCGGCGCGAAAUAUAUUCGAGGGGAAUGUACACGGUGCUUAUCGUGAAACGCGGUGCGUUUUCGUUGCUCAACCAGUGAGUGCCUCAGUGUAGAGAUACGAGAAUACGGGAUAUUUAGACGGGAAGCCCGUACAAAAGCAUGUUGUCGUCGUCGUAAGACGACGACGACGACGGUCGCGACAACGACGACAACCAUCACGACGAUAAACGUUCGAGGAACUUAAACGCGACGCUGUACGCUUUGUCGCGCUCUUUCGAGUCUUGAUAAUCCAGGACAAGCAAACCCUACCUCCACCACCGCGACUUGGAUGGAUACUGUGCAUUAUUUCUGGAGCAGUGCGGUGGCUGCAGCCGACACCAUUUCCGCGCCGUGGACUCCCACGAGUUCCGGGCCGCCGCCCGACGCGAACGGCUCCGGCUCGGAUACCAAGAACCUCGACGUUGGCGAAAUUAGCGAUGACGAGAAGGACCUAUCGGCAGCGGACGCGGAAGGUGUAUGGUCGCCGGAUAUCGAGCAGAGCUUCCAAGAAGCUCUCACCAUAUAUCCGCCAUGCGGCCGACGCAAAAUCAUCCUGUCCGACGAAGGGAAGAUGUACGGUCGGAACGAGCUGAUUGCCCGUUAUAUCAAACUGAGAACAGGCAAGACGAGAACGCGAAAGCAGGUCUCUUCGCACAUACAAGUGCUUGCUAGGCGAAAACUUCGCGAGAUUCAAGCGAAACUCAAAGUGGAUCAUGCCGCCAAGGAGAAGGCGCUCCAGACAAUGUCGAGCAUGUCGAGCGCCCAGAUAGUAUCAGCUGGGAGUGCGAUACACAACAAGAUGCCCCCCGCCCUCGUGGGGCCCCUUGCCCUUCAUGCUUCCACCCCUGUCUCCUAUCCCGGAGCGCAAUUCUGGCAACCGGGUUUGCAGCCAGGAACGUCCCAGGAUGUCAAACCGUUUUCGCAGCCGGCGUACACCGGAAAACCAGCGACAGCGGUUUCAAGCGGUGACAUGGUCCAGGCUCAACCACCCCCGCCCUGGGAAGGACGUGCCAUCGCAACCCACAAGCUCAGGCUUGUCGAGUUCUCGGCCUACAUGGAGCACCAGAGAGAUCAGGAUAUUUAUCACAAGCACCUGUUCGUCCACAUAGGAGGAUCCGCGACUUAUGCGGAUCCAUUGCUAGAGGCUGUUGAUGUCAGGCAGAUAUACGAUAAAUUCCCAGAAAAAAAGGGCGGCCUGAAGGAACUUUACGACAAGGGACCACAGGUAGCUUUUUUCCUCGUUAAAUUUUGGGCUGAUCUCAAUACGAACAUUCAGGACGAAGCUGGAGCUUUUUACGGCGUAACAAGCCAGUACGAGAGCAACGAGAACAUGACGAUAACAUGUUCGACCAAAGUCUGCUCCUUCGGGAAACAGGUGGUGGAAAAAGUGGAGACAGAAUACGCUAGGUUCGAAAAUGGCAGGUUCGUCUAUCGUAUUAGUCGUUCGCCCAUGUGCGAAUAUAUGAUCAACUUCAUACAUAAAUUGAAGCACCUGCCAGAAAAGUACAUGAUGAACAGCGUUCUCGAGAAUUUCACUAUCCUUCAGGUUGUAACGAACAGGGAUACGCAGGAAACGUUGUUAUGUACAGCAUACGUGUUUGAAGUGUCGACGUCCGAGCACGGUGCACAACAUCACAUAUACAGAUUGAUCAAGGACUAGCCUGCUUGAACCUGCUCGCCAUGCAGCCAUCCACCCCCCAUCAGUGCCUACCAUCACAUAAAAAAAAUCAUCCAUACGCGCAUAUACACGUCUACACACAAAAAUGUUAACCCUUUGAAGCAAUAUAGUUAUAUCAUUGUGAUAUCACAUUUUUAUAUUAUUUUAUAGAUUUUUCUUAUCCUUAACCAAGGACAUAAAUAUAGUAUUUACAUGUAGAAUAAAUAUGAUAUUUAUAUCACGUAUUAAAUGAUUAACAAAAUUUGAUUUUAAUUGAUUUGUAUAUGAAAUAUGUAAAUGUAAAUUUCUAUAAUUUAAUUUUUCUCUUUUCUUUUUUUUCUUUUUUUAAUCGAUUAUAAACGAUUGAUAAUCUUGAAUAUCUUUUUUGAACGCUUCAUGGGGUUAAGCGUUAAUACAUAAUUGUAAACACGCUAUCUACUAUACAUAGAUACAUUUCGCAUCUAUGUGUAAUAAAGGUUCCAUUGAAAAUGUUCUGUUAUCAAAAGAAAAAAAGGAAAAAAUAAUACGUAGAGUCAUGUGUUUUUACGUUUAUUUUAAUGAUAGAAAAUAUUUAAUUAUUGAGAGAUUUGAUUAUUGUAUAAAUAUAUUUUUAUUUACAAAUUUGAGAUUUAUACGUGAUUUUUAAUCAAAUUAUAAUUUUUAAUUCUUUUUUUUUUUUUUCUCCUCUCUGUAUUUUCGAACAUUUUCUGUGAAACUCCUUAAAGAGAAUUUGGAACACAAAUACGUGAAUACAUUAUACACAUAUACAUACACAAACAUAUAUACACCUUUACACGUUAGAAGUACUGGCCAGCCCGAGCUUGAGUUUGAUUCAAAACUGAGAAAAGUUGUAAUAAAAAAAAAAAUAAUUGGUACGCGUGUUUUAACGUAUCAUGGAAAGAAUUUCCUGCUUAUGGUUUCUGCAGGAAAUGCAUUCCAGAUGACGAAAUUGUAAAUUUUAUAUUGAGAAACAGAUAUAAUCGUAUAUAUAUUUUAUGAAUAUUCCGUCAUUUGCUUGUAAACGAUCGAAUUCGUCGGGGUUUUAAUAAAAGAGAUAUAAUAAAAGUUAAGUUAAAAUUGACGACAAUAAAUUUGGGAAAAAAUGAGUAUCAGAGAUAUAGUGUAUGUACUAAACGAAGAAGAAUAAAAAAAUAUAUAUAAAAACAUAAAAAAAAAGUGUAAGAUGAGAAACAGACUCUGAUCUCGGAAAGGCGUGGUACCAACAUAAUUUAGUAUUAUAGUUUUAUUAUUAAAUUAGGAAAUAGAUCAGACAAGACAUCCACACACAGAUAUACAUAUAUUACAUAUAAGAAUAUAUAUGUUAAAUAUUAAUGCAAUGAUUACGAUUUACAUUGUUAUAAAUGAUCGUGUAUAAAGUUAUCUAAGUGAUUUCUAAGUUUUAAACGAAAUGGAAGUUGAAUAGAGAGGUAAUGCCAUUAUGAUUUCUUAAGUUUCCUUAAUUAUAUUAUCAUUAUAAUUUUUUUUUUUUUUUAAUUAUCCAAACCGAAAAAGAUUGAGAAUAACGUUACAACCGAAACCUUAAGUUUUCUUUUAUAGAAAUGUUUUCUUUCUUUUCAUUUUUUUUUUUGUUUUUUUUUUUUUUUUAGUUCUAUUACGACUAACAGUAAGAAUUUUCGCUGCAGAGCUUUUUAAUUCUCAAUGAUCAGAUAAAAGAAAAAAAAGAUUUUUAUGUACUUCUAAAACUUUUAAUAAACUUGCACUUAAAGUUGUGCAAACCCACCCAUUCUUAGGCAGCGACACUUAGAUUAGAGGGAUGUGUUUGUAUUUCUUGUAAUCAUUUUAUUUCGUACUCUAAGACCUUUCUUUUUUCUAUAGUUCUUACGUAAAUGAUUUUCUUACUUAGCAUAUUUUGUUUGUUUUUAUCUUUCUAUUACACAUUUAUGAUACGAAUAUAUCAGAUUUUAUUAAUUACGUACGCUAGAUACGGACAACAUCUAUCAAAUAGAGAUACUUUUCUUUAACUUAGUGACAUGAUCAUCUUAAUACUUUUUAUUAGGAGAAUAUUAAAAUUAAAGUUGAAGAAUGUAAAAUAAAUCUAAUCUUUGAGCUUGAUUCUCCAUUUUUAAAGAGCAACUACGUAAUAGUGUGAUAAACUUCAUCACAGCUCUCUAAAUUUGAGCAUAUAUUUAAGAGUUCAUACAAAAUUUUGCUUGACAAUGUGUUUUGUACUUAAUUUUAUUUUAACAUUUCAACGUAUGAACCAGAAAAGUUUCAUAUUAUAGAUAUUCUGUUUUACAACUUUUCAAUAACAAUUAUGUAAGAGAGUAAAGGACCAUUAAAAUCUUAUGCAAUUAAUUUUAUUUAGUCACAUCUCUCGCAGAGACUAUAUACAUGUAAAUGCACAGAAAACUUUUUAUAUAUUCUUUAAUCUGAUCAAUUGCCUGUUCUGAAACAGGACUUGCCUAUAUGGAGCAGUGAAUGUUAAGAUAAUACAGGAAAGAAUCAUGUAUACUUUAAGGAAAUAAUUAAUACUUACUUUAUUCUUUACUUUAAUUAACUUUUAUGCAACAAGUGGCAAUGUAUUUUGAUCUCUCUUUUAGUCAGAAAUAUGUCGCUUUUUAUUUGGGGUGAGAAUUAAAUUCGUUAAGUGAUUGACUGAAUAACGAAGGAACUUAUAUAUUUAAAUAAUAAUGUAUAUGGCUUUCGUUCAAUAACUGGCAGCUUUCACAAUUUUCACAGUUUUUACUUAUUGUUACCUUUUUUUUUCUUUUUUUUUUUUCUCUUUAUAAUUGAUUAUAAGUUUCGUUUUUACACAUUAUAUCUAUAAAUCGUAAUUUUACUAAAUUGUGUGUAUAUUAAGGUAGAAUUGGAAUCAUUAAGAUGAUUUUAUAUGAUAUCAGAAAAUUUAAUUACUUGUUUUUAUCAGUAGUAUAUACGUAGAUAACAAGAAAAAGAAAAAUAUUUUUCUGCGAUUUAAAUCAAUAAAAAUAAAUAUAUGCGCUAUAGUAAAAAUUAUUUUGUUUAAUAUUAAUUAAUCAAAAAAAAUAUCUAAUGAUUCUAAUUCUGCCCGUGAUAAAUUGUUAUUAUAAAAGCAAGAAAUUAUGCAAUAUAUUUAGAAAAUACUCAAAUGUUUUUGGUUAUGCGAAUUUUUAUUUUAAAGAAAAAUCAUGAAGAAAAAAAAUAGGAGGAGUUUGAAAUCGCAAAAAGGAGCACCGACACUAAUAUUAUUAACAUUAACGAAUAAUGAUUUUAAAGUAAGCGAAUUACAUUUAUAAGGAAAGAUUAUGAAAAUAUAUAUUUAUCUAUGUCUUCUGUGAAGAUAGAAAAUAGCACUCUCUCACUCUAUAUUGAUGAUAUCAGAAAAAUAAAGAAAAAAUUGAAAUCCAUAAAGAUACAAACGCAGAAGUAGAUUAGGGAGAAAAUGGAAGAAUUCGCACUGUACACAAUACAUGAUAUGAUUGAUGACAAACCGACGAAAUUUGUUAAAUACUUUGUACAUAUUUACAUAAAGAUCAUCAAAAGAAAAGUUCCAGUACAUUUUGUGUAUUACAUAAAGUACUUUGGCGAAAACAAAUAUUAAUUACUUGUCAUUUGUAAAUCGAAUUUUCGAAAUUAAAAACACUAAAAUUUUUGUCUAUAUUUUCAUAGAGAUUCAUAUAUAAAAAUCAUUUAUUUAAUUAAAAUUAAAAUAAUAGCAUAAAUUUCUCAAUAGUUGAAAUAUUAGAAUUUUUUAAUGAAUAAUUAAAAUAUUUAACAAAUAAUUCGUUUAAUCAGAUUUUUUAAAUUAUCUGUUAAACUUUAUAAAAAUAUCCUCUCUAUGAAAACAUUGACUAUAUUUCUUAUAGCAUAUUGCUAAAGUAUAUAUGAAAAUUAAAAAAACUGGUAUCUAUUUACAAUUUAUAUUUCUUCAUAUCCUGGAACUGCCAUAUCAAAGAAUUGAGCUUGAAUAUAAGAAUGAUUAAAUGGAAUAUUGAUCAGAAAGAAUGGAAUCUACCUGUAUAUUAUCAUAAAUAAAACGAAACGAGGAUCAAAGUAGUUGAUUUAACAAGUAAAUAAAGAACGAAAUGAUAUAUCAUUAAAUUAGAGGUUUAAAAAUAUAAUAGAAUUCAGUAUAUGUACAGUAUUUGAAAAACAUGUUUAUAAUUUGUAUGGAAAAUAAAUAAUUGAUAUAAAAAGAAA